UUGUUAUCAUCUUUUUCUUUUUUUUUCUUUCACGAUGCCAAAGCGCAAGUGUCUCAAUAUUGUAAGGGUCCAAUCAAACAACCAAGAUGAAGCUAGUUUACCCUCUUCUCCAUCCAUAAACAAUGAGGUUGAGCCAAGCCAACAACCUACUCCAUCUAGAAACAAUGCGAGUGAGUCAAACCAUCAACAUGCUAUCCUAGAAGAAACAAAUUCAAAUUCUAGAGCACCAUCUCCACCACCUAGAAAGCCAAAAGGUCCAACAUUUAUGUCCCACGUAUGGGAGUUGGAUAAAGGUGUCAAGGUCAACGUCAUAUUUGAUGCAAAUUGCCAUCUAGCUGGUAAAGAAGGUUGCACCUUGACUCGAAUCCUUGGUACUAUUGCAAGAAAAUCAAAUGUUGCACCUAUUAACUACAAGGAAUGGAGGGAUAUGCCUCAAAUUUAUAAGGAUGACAUGUGGAAGAUUAUUAAGGAACAACUUAAAAACUACAUGAGUGAGUCUACUUCUUCUGCAAAUGCAUUAGAGGAAACUACAUCUUGGCAAGAUGAUGUAUUCUCUAAGGUGAAGGGAUCUGACAAGAAAAGGAGGGUUCACUGCUUAGGGAAGGUCCUAACUUCCAAAAAAUCUAUCCCUUCCACGUCUACAAAUGGUGAUGUUGAGGAGAGGUUGAGCAUGAUGGAGAAUAUUUUGAGUGGAUUAAUGCAGCUAAUGAAGGCAAGAUUCUUGGAUGAGAAUGUCAUAGAUAUUCUACAAGCUGCCAACCAAUUAGGUGCUGCCAACAUAUUGGAUAGGGAGGUUCCGCAUGCUAAUAGUGGGCAAGGCUUUUCCCCAAAUAAUCGUCCCUCUUCACAAUCAAGCCAUCACCUUUUGUCUCGCCAAAAUGAAACCUUCACCACCGCCUGCUCCUCUUGGAAACUUGGUAAGAUCUUGGUAAAUUCCUUCCCUUUUCUUGUUGAACAACAAAAUUUAAAGCUUAAAACUCUCUCCCUCAACCCAGGAAUUUCGGAUCUGCUGCUUUCUUCCUUCCCUGCCGCCGGCCACAACUGGGUAAGUCUGCGUGAAGCCCCCUGCAAUUUUUCCCGCCGGCUCUUCCCUCAUCCCACCAGCUCCAGCUUGCUUGUUGAGCAUUUUUGGACCAAGAUGCCGAAGGUGGGGGAUGGGUUUCGGCGAGUUGAGAAAUGAGUUUUGGUUGAUGAAUUGUGUAGGAAAUUAGGGGGUUUUGGCUGUUGUGUGUGUGUGUCCAUGAGGAAAGGGGAGAACUCGCCUUCUGUCCUGAGUAAUUAAGGUAAGUAAAUUAUGGUAAAGCCCGUAAAUUUUUGAAGCAUAUUUUAAUUGUUUUCUGAGAUGGUGGCGAGGCUUAAAUGGAUUUUAAUUGCAUUUGAGCAUGAUUAAAAAGGGAAAUUAAACUUUUAUCAUUUUCCUUAUUUUCUAGAAUUAAGCAUGCCCACAUGAGAUCUUUUGAUUUAUUCUUGAAAGUGAGAACGAUUGUGAAUUUCGGUUUUGUUUGUAAAGUUUGCUUGGUUUUGUCUCCAAUAUGGUCGUGUUAACUCGUGUGCCUGCCAGUGGGAGGUUUAUAACACUGGCCAUGACUAAUAGAGGAGACCACUACGUGAUUUUAUCUUGCAUUAAUGAUUUGUUAUUGAAACGUUUGUUCAUGUUUUAACCGAUUGUUUGGCAUGCUUUAUACUUGAUGUCGGGCCCCCAUGUUUACUUACUGAGAUAUUUUUAUCUCACGAUUUCCUUGUCCACCAUUUCAGAGAUUAGUUGAUUAUUUGGUCUAUCCGGAGGGGAUUAGGAUUGGCUUUGUCUUCGGUGCAGCCAUAGGGAUGGGGAUUGCCUGAGUUGAGUCUGGAGUGAGGACAUGAACUUUUGUUUUUUGGUUUUAAUUUGUCAAUGAGCUAGUUCUCUUUUCCAGAACAAUAUUCUAUAGCUUUCCUUAUGCAAGCUUUUAUCUUUUGUUUGUUUUUCAUGGAUUUUCGUUUGUGCGCGUUUGUUGCUUUGUGUUUUCUAUUUUUCCACUCCAUUUUCAAAGAAAUUGAGACUUUUUUU